AUGCCAAGGGCUAGAGUGUUGGAGGAGGUCUUGAGUGCAGAUCUGAUUCGUGUAAGACCCUCCCGGUCAUCACCCAAGGCAAACGAAACUAAACAUUGCACCUAUCAUCUAAACAUAGGGCAUAACACCAAGGACUGCACGGUGUUGAAAGAUAAGGUGGAAGAGCUUAUCCGGGCGGGUCACUUGAAGAAAUUUGUUAAGGAGGAACGGAGGACGAGAAGCCCACCCAGGAGGGCUAGGGUGGAACGAGGUGAUAGGAGAGAAGACAGGCGCCCAGACCGUAGGCGGAGUAGAAGUCGCAGCCAUGACCGAUCGCUGCAUGGCACGAUAAACACCAUUUCUGGAGGUUUCGCUAGAGGGUCGUCGGCGUCCGCAAGAAAGAGAAACCUGAGGGAGCUAAAAAGCGUUCACAAGGUAGAUGUGAGGAAGCACUCCAUGCCGCCCAUCAUGUUUAUCGAUGAAGACUUCCAUGCUCCUGAUCCAGAUCAGGACGACCCGAUGGUAAUAACAAUUGUUAUUGCCCGAUACAGCGUAGGAAAGGUGUUGAUGGAUCAAGGAAGUUCUGUCAACAUUCUUUACUGGAAAACGUUCCAACAGAUGGACAUAUCCGAGGAUCUGAUAGCCCCGUAUAACGAGAAGAUAGUAGGAUUUUUGGGGGAAAGGGUGGAUACGAGAGGAUAUGUAGAUCUGAGAACAUGCUUGGGAACCGAGCGUAAUAAGGAGCUGAAGACCAGAUUUUUGUUGGUGGAUGCAAACACAUCGUAUAAUGUGUUGUUGGGUCGACCCUACUUGAAUGCAUUUGGGUCGAUUGUUUCCACGCCCCACCUCACACUCAAAUUCCCGUCGGACAAUGACACCAUUUGCACCGUCCGGUCCGAUCAGAGGAUUGCCAAAGAAUGCUAUGUAGCUGGGCUGAAGGUUCAGCCAUCCUCAUCUAAUCCACCCAAUCGGUAA